CUGAAUAACAUGGCGAUCGGGGAAAGGUAGUUCCGAUCGAUGUACGGUGAUAUUUUCCCUGUCGAUUUAGUGUACGUGGUUCCGAGGACAUAUCAGCGUGGGACAGUAUACUGGCUAUGUAUAGCGGGUCAACGGAAGCAGAAAGGAAGCCAUUGCUUUCGAUUCAAGUAGAUUUGAACGAUGUAGCGGACGACUGUUCCCCCAGGAAUGACGAUGUCGCGAAUUCUAAUUUAUCACCAGCUGGACAUUCUGGUAAGAUAUUUACUAUUGGAAGCGUUGGUAGAUCUUCACUUUCAAGAGCUGGUAGUUAUAAUGAUGGCCAGCAAUCUUCACUUUCAAGAGCUGGUAGUUAUAAUAAUGGCCGGCAAUCCAGUUACACAGAUGAGAGGAAGUCCUCCAGGUCUUCGUCUCUUGCAACAGAUGAUUAUUCACGUACUAGGAAACCAUUUCACUACGUUCCGAGCAGUAGUUCAAUAAAUAGUUCUGAAAUUACAACUGAAGAGCAUCAGAGAGCAUCUGCAACUUAUAGUAGAUAUAAGUAUUACAGUAAAUUGUCACCACCACAAGAUGAUACCUUGGCAAUACCAGAUCACAUCGUACCACCGUCGUUCUUUUUGCUCUUGCCUGGAAGAGCAGCCAAGGGAAAACAAUCAAGUAUUGUUACAAUCUUUUCUGUCUGGAACACUAUGAUGGGAACGUCAUUACUCAGUAUGCCUUGGGCCAUUGGUGAGGCCGGUUUGAUAUUGGGUAUAGUUAUACUUAUUGUUAUGGCUGGUCUUACUUUAUACACAUGUUAUAGAGUUGUGUCUUCAGUUGCUGCUGUAGAACAAAAAGGAGAAGUUUUAGAAUUUUCUGACGUCUGUCAUCAUUAUCUUGGGAAAUGGGGAGAAUAUUGUAGUGUGUUUUUUUCUCUAUCGUCUCUAUUGGGUGCCAUGAUAGUAUACUGGGUUCUGCUUUCCAAUUUUCUCUACCAUAGUGUCAAAUUUAUUUAUGAUGAUGUAAACCAUGUAAAUAUGUCCAGCUCAGGUAAUGUCACUGAUGGAAUCUUGUGUCCUGGUCUUCCUCCGUACGUACCACCAACCCCCUCAACAAAUAUUACACUUAGUCUGACAACCCAGUCAUUACUGUCUUUAGAUACCAGUAGUAAUGCAGUGGAACACAAUUCAGAAGAUGUUUUUAAUAAAGUUUGGCAGCAGACUUUGACCAUACCCUUCUUUCUAUGUGUGUUGCUGUUCCCACUUUUAAAUUUUAAGUCUCCAACUUUCUUCACGAAGUUCAAUGCACUAGGUACUGUGUGCGUUAUUUACAUUUUAUCCUUUGUGACGGUGAAGGCAGCACACUGGGGAAUUAAUGUGAAAUUCACAUCACCAAACUCAAAAUUCUUUGUUCCAAAAGUGCGCGUAUUUUUUCCUGCUCUAACUGGAACACUAUCCCUGGCAUAUUUUAUACAUAAUUGCAUAUUGUCUAUAGUAAGAAAUCAGAAGAAACCUGAAAAUAAUGGUCGUGAUUUAUCAAUAUCAUAUAUACUGGUGGCUUUGACGUAUACAUGGGUUGGCGUAUUAUUUUAUAUUUCAUUUCCAAACAAAAAAGAGUGUAUUGAAGCGAAUCUACUUGAUAAUUUUCCAAGUAAUGACGUGAUGGCAUUUGUUGCUAGGAUAUGUCUUCUGAUUCAGAUGAUCACGGUCUUUCCUCUUCUAAUUUACAUAUUCCGGUUACAAUUUAUGCAUACACUGUUUGGUGCUGUGUACCCUGGGAUUAUUCAUGUCGGAGUUCUCAACAUCUGUGUACUGGCAAUUUGUGUCUUAUUUGCCAUUUUUCUUCCACAAAUUGGAACUAUUAUCAGGUAA